AUGCGCGAGUACUUUACCGAAGGGCACGCCGAACCGGUGACUGAGCCACACCCGACCAACAAUCUGUACUACUUACCUCAUCAUGCGGUCAUCCGCAACGAAGCCGUCACUACCAAAGUCCGAAUAGUGCUUGACGCGUCGUCUCACGUCCCCGGCCAACCCUCACUCAACGACGUCUUGGCGAAGGGUCCGAACCUAAACAGCGACCUCCUGCGUUUCCUCAUCACGUUUCGGUCCUCUCCCAUCAUCCUCACCGCAGAUAUCCGCAAGGCGUAUCUGCAGAUCCACAUCCGGCCGCAAGACAGGGACGCCCUACGUUUCCUGUGGAUCCAGGAGUUGCCGUCGGCAUCCAACCCUUACCCAGCAGUCAAGCAGUGGAGGAUGACAAGAGUGCCGUUCGGAGCCUCAUCCAGUCCAUUUCUACUCGCAGCAACGUUACACCACCAUUUCCGUGCCUGCACUCGCUAUCCACUCACGGCGGCUCGUCUGUGUACCAGCUUCUACGUAGACGAUCUGGUGGUUGGAUGCGACAACACGCAAGAGGCCGAGACCUUAUACACGGAAACGAGGGCCAUCUUGCAAGAGGCCGGAAUGGACAUCCGGAAGUGGGCGGCGAACUCAAUGACGCUUCAGCGGAAGUUCCUCGAGGACGGAACGGCAUAUGACAACGUUGGUUGCAUGGACACCGUGCUUCGUGUUCUGGGGGUGCCAUGGGAUCGUCACGCGGACGCACUCUUGGCGCCAGUCACCGCGGUUCACGCGUUCGCCAAGCUUAACGAGCCCACGAAACGCACGGUGCUCAGGACGCUUUCCAGAUUGUACGAUCCAUUUGGGCUUCUAGCCCCGUUCACCGUCACCGCGAAACUGUUGUUUCAAGCAAUAUGGAAGGACGCCGUGCCUUGGGACCGACCAAUGACUAACACAGCACAUCAAGUUUGGAACAAGUGGGUGAACGGCCUGCCCACUCUUUCGCUGUUGAACGUGCCCAGAUGCACUGCCGGUACGAACGGCAGCGUCCAAGAUCUCCAGAUCUUUGCCGACGCUAGCCCGCGAGCCUACGGCGCGGCCAUCUACAUGAGAGUAGACAGGGGCACGAAAGGCAUCAGCUGCAAUCUGCUUCUCGCCAAGGGUCGAAUCGCGCCGCUGAAACCGGUAACACUACCACGCUUAGAGCUACUCGGCUGCCUUCUCGCUGCUCGUCUCUACAACCGCAUCCGCGGCGUCAGGCCCAACGUGGCAUGGAAGGCAACCUUCUGGACGGACUCUCAGAUUGCGCUGCAGUGGAUCAAGAACACGACUUCACGGUGCCCGCAGUUUGUAGAAGGCCGCGUGCGGGAGAUACGGCACCUCACCGAUCCUGGUCACUGGCGUCAUUGUGACGGGAAAAAUAACCCAGCCGACCUGCUCACGAGAGGAAUCUCCGCGGACGAGCUCGUCAGCAGCGAGCUGUGGUGGGUUGGACCCCCAUGGUUGUCUGGUAGUGUCGACCCGCCUCUCGAACCAAUAUCGAACCGCACCCCAUCAUCCUCUCGGACGGAAGAGACGUGCUGUCCAAUAGCGAUCCACCAUGGAGACCCCAUCAUCCGGUUAGAGGACUACAGUCUACUCAGCCGCGUGCUUAGAGUGACAGCAUACGUGCUCAGAUAUGUCAACAACUCGCGGAGACCUGGAUCAAGGCUAACCGGGCCCAUAUCUGCACAAGAACUGCAUUCGGCAGAGCUUCUAUGGGUCCGCCGCACUCAACUAGAAUGCUUUGGCGCAGAUGUCGUUGACCUUCAGGCGGCGCGACCCAUCUCCCGUUCGUCUGCUCUUUUGACUCUGAACCCAUACUUGGACGCAAACUCGCUUCUUCGGGUGGGAGGAAGAUUGGAGUUUGCCGACGAAGAGGACAGCACCCGGCAUCCCGUACUUCUCCCGGCCAAGCACCGUCUCACAGAGUUGCUUGUCCUUGACGUCCACCGGCGUCUCCACCACACCGGAGUGCAAGACACCCUCUGCGAACUGCGGCUGAAAUACUGGAUUGUCAAGGGCCGGCAGACUGUUCGCCGCGUGCUCCAAACGUGCCUACAGUGUAGGCGUCGACGGCUGUCGUCACAGACUGCACCGGUUGCUCCUCUCCCGCGUGAAAGAGUUACUCCCACGAGCCCAUUUGAUGUGGUGGGCGUAGACUUCGCGGGCCCUUUGUACGUGCACGAAGACGGCAAGCAGCGAAAGGCGUACAUAGUCCUUUUCACCUGCGGCGUCACACGUGCGGUGCACCUCGAGUUAGCGACCGGAAUGUCCACGCAACACUUCCUCAGUGCCUUCCGGCGUUUCACUUCCAGACGCGGCGUGCCAUCCCUCAUGAUGUCCGACAAUGCCCGCACCUUUCAUCAGGUGUCUCGUCUGCUCUCCUGCGAAGAUGUACUGAAUUUCGCCGCUACCUACCGCAUCCAGUGGAAAUUCAUUGUGGAGAGAGCACCUUGGUGGGGCGGGUGGCGGGAAAGGAUGGUCCGCUCCGUCAAGGACGCCCUGAAACGGUGUCUGGGAAGGCAGCGCCUUACCUUCGAAGAACUCACCACCGCCCUCUGCGAAGCUGAGUGCAUAGUGAACUGCCGGCCACUCACUUACGUCACGUCCGAGACCGAAGACCUGAACCCUUUGACACCGGCGGACUUCCUCGUAGGAAAACACCUGACGCUCCUCCCAACGCCGGGCGAAGUCACCCCGCCACCGAGUGCCAAGGGCCUCCGGCAGUAUCUGAAGGUCCAAAGGCGGCACCGCUCGCAGUUUUGGAGUAGAUGGCGAAAGGAGUAUCUCCUUCAGCUAAGAUCGGCGCACAUGACACGGCAUAAGCCAGAGUCACAGCUACAAGUCGGUGAUGUGGUGGUCAUUCACGAUAAAGGGCCCCCCCUGAUGUGGAAACUCGGCCGCGUCACACAAGCCUUUCCCGGGCGCGACGGCGUCGUUCGUGCCUGCGCGGUCGCGCUCGCCAACAGAACUGUCCUCCACAGUCCAGUCCAGUUGCUACACCGCCUAGAAGGGGACGUGGAGCGACCGGCAGCCCGCGGAGGAUGUUAA